CUUUAAAACAUGGAGGAAGCGAUGUACUGAAGUCUACCAGGUAAACAUGUAUUCGUCCCUAAUUUGGAAAUCAUGAUUGUGUGUCGUACAUGGCGUCAUUAAACGGAGAUAUCCCAGGCCCGCCAAAAACAGCGGGUAGCUGGCUAGAAUUUUGUGAGCGCCAUGCUCUCUCAAUUUCCGAACAAUUUUACCGAGACUUCCUCUUGUUUAUAUCUCGGCCAUCUAGCCCUGGGGUGGGGACGUAUGGCCCCACCCCUCGCGAUCCCAUGGAAUUUGCCAAAAAGUUUGUGGAAUAUUUUCUGAAUCAAUUUGAUCGUCAGUUAAAGCGUUCGUCUUACUAUCUGGAUUCUCCGUCUACAGAUGUGAAACUUGCAUCCCGAAAUAAUGACGAUUCCAACGGUGAUCGUCGUCCAUCUCUAGCAAGCUCCACACGCUCAAACUCCCAAAACGGAGGGGAAAUUGACCGACCCCUCACUGACGAUUAUUCUGACAACGUAACAAGCGCGAGCCCGCCACCCCUCUCUCCUACAUCUCCAAGUCCAGUUAUCACGACACAUAAAUCAAAGGGAUUCUUCAGAAGGUUGUCUUUCCGAAAUAUAAAAAAGAAAGGCUUGUUUCAUAAAAGUAAUAACAAUAGUCCCAGGUCUGCGUCCAAUCAUGACACAGACGGUCAACACCGAAAAAAUAAACAUGGAAACCAUUCAAAGGCAGACUCGGGUAAACAUGACAAGUCUCGGACUUCACUACAAGGUGAAGUUAUCAAGGAUGGGUUAGUGAAUGUUUUGACGGGUGAGGAUUCGAAAGGAAAGUCACGAUGGGAGAAGACCAGACUUGUACUCAUCAGCACAAGUGGUGGGAUCCUGCUGGAAUUCUACUCUCCUCCAAAGUCUGGGAAACCAAAAGCAGGUCUGUUCUGUUUCCUGAUAACAGAGGCACGAGUUACCACGGCGUUAGAAAUGCCAGAUCAUGAACAUGCAUUUGUUCUCAAGGGAGAAGGGACAAGUGAGUUUGUGAUUGAGGCCCACGACCUGCAGGAUUUACGAUCAUGGUUGGAGGACAUCGGGCGUUACAUCAGUCGACCGGCCAUUCUAGAGGAAGCUGAAGGACAGGAAGUGGCCAUGCGACCAAGACUACCAACAGCACCAAGUGGUUCUAUAGAGAGAAAAGAAAACUCAUCGCUCGGUGUUCCAUUGCGUAGCACAUCGCAGGGAAGUCUAAACAGUAACCCCCCCGAUGUUCCACCACGUCCAGGACCCCAGCGACCACUCAGUUCCCAUGGCGAUAUCCCUCACAGCAGUCGUCUCUCUGCAGAACUAAACCCUUCACCACGCUACGUCAAUGAAUCUGACGGCCAGAGGGAGUCACUACCGCCGGCUGAGACACAGAUUGAUGUGCUACUACACGAUUACCCAUGGUUCCACGGUACGCUGUCUCGUCUGGAGGCAGCACAGCUGGUGCUACAACAGGGUCAAGUCGGUCACGGAAUAUUCCUUGUACGACAAAGUGAAACACGCAAAGGGGAAUAUGUUCUCACCUUCAACUUCCAAGGGCGUGCUAGGCACCUGAGGAUGACAAUUAACUCGGACGGUCAGUGUCGUGUCCAGCAUCUAUGGUUCCAGUCCAUCUUUGACAUGCUGGAGCAUUUUCGAACACAUCCAAUCCCUCUAGAAUCUGGCGGAUCAUCAGACGUUUCUCUUACAGACUACGUUGUUGCUAUUGAACGACCCCUCACACCGUCCAUGGGUCGCGGGUCACCACGGAUACGAGGGUCAGGGAAUCAUUCUGGGUCCAAUCCCAAUCUUGGAGGGCGGAGUCCAGGAGCAGUUGGCGGCCAAGCAGAUCUGUCCAGUCGUGAUAUCGUUGUGGUGAGUGGCUCAGUGAGAGCCCGGACUGAAUCCAUUGAAAAUGUCAUGAGGGAGCAAGGGCAGGCGCAGGCCCAAGGUCAAAUUAUUCACGGCCGGGCUGUGGAAAACCAGUAUUCAUACGUGUGAAGGUCAUUGUCAUAAAUCAAGGUCACCAAGGCAAUUUUUGGUUUCACACUUAUGGUCCUAUUACUGAAAUGAAUGUCCAUUACAUUUGAAGGUUGAUGAUGAAUUAGAGAAUGCAAACAGGAAGUGAUGUCCAUAAGAAAUGUGAAGGUCACACAAAGGCCAAGUGGAAUUAGGUGCCGCUCAGGCAGUGGUCAAUGAAAAAAGAAAAAUGUGGUCAGUCUGGAAUGUCGAGAAAACAAGGUGUUAUGGUAAAUUUUCAAACUAAUUUUUUUUCAGCAAAGAAAAUUAAUUCUUUAUGCCUUAUAUUUCAAGAUCAUUUCAAGUGUAAAAGAUAUGUGCAAUUUUCAUGAACUUUUUAAUUAAUACAAUAUUUUUAAGUUUUAACUAUAAACAAGAUGUAGCAAUCAUACUGUUAACGUGUUUAUUUUUGAGGUAAUCACAUUUUACAAAUACACCUUGAUAAGUAUUAUAUUUUAAAGUGCUAGUAUAACAACAGUACUAACAUUGGGAUUGUGUUACUUUUAAAAGGCUAUGAAAACUAUUGUACUCAGAUAAUGACACGUCAAGGUGAGAUCUAGCACCCUGAUUUGGUGUCUGAUAGAGCUUGUUUGACACCCCAGGUUAGAUCUAGCACCCUGAUUUGGUGUCUGAUAGAGCUUGUUUGAGACCCCAGGUGAAAUCUAACACCCUGAUUUGGUGUCUGAUAGGGCUUCUUUGACACCCCAGGUUAGAUCUAGCACCCUGUUUUGGUGUCUGAUAGAGCUUGUUUGACACUCCAUGUUAAAUCUGGCUCCCUGAUUUGAUGUCUCUUAAUCUUUGAAAGAUUUAUAGUUUAAAAGCAGAUUUAAGUGAUUUUUUAAUCAAAUGUUCCAUUGGAUUAAUUGAUGCGCUUAUUUUAUGAUGGUGCAAGUAUGUGUACUGUACCUAAAUUUGGAUUGUGGUUCUAUUAUAGUAAUUUUAAGGUCAAGGAGUUUUAUAGAGGUCAAGGUGAAGGUCAUGUGAUAUAUUUGGAGAUUAUAUGGAAUGUUGUACGAAUUCUUUCUCACCAAUGUUUGAAUGCUAAUGUAAUUUUUGUUAAGGUUUGUUUUCAUGAUUGAGGCUUCACUAGAAUGUAAAAUGUUUACUUACAUUUGAAGCGCAAUAUUGUGAAUUGUAUGGAUGGAUAUCUGAAUGCCUUUGAUAAUUGUAUACUUUAAUAUUUGUAUGAAUGCCUUAUAUAUACUAUAUAUAGAUAUAUGCUGUCGUAUACAACUUUUCCGCUAACAAGCUUUGUUGAAAUAUUUUCGCUGUAAUCUGAGCUAUUUAUUCCUGCCACCCUCGUAACAUGUCACCCACAUGGCUGUAACAUGUCACCCACAAGGCUGUAACAUGUCAACCACACGGCUGUAACAUGUCAACCACACGGCUGUAACAUGUCACCCACACGGCUGUAACCUGAUGUUGAGCAUGGUAGAGUUCUCUACUCUACACCUUGAACUGUAUAAGUUGAAAGAAUCCUGACAACCAGGUAAUUGCCUUCUCAGGCUUUAGGCUUUCAAACUUUACCUUUGAUUCAAAAUUUACAAACAACUGAAUUUGAAUACGUUUGUUUGAUGACAUAUCUAUGGUUCCAUUGAAAACACGAAUCAGCAAAAAUAAAUACAUCGCAAAAGUUUCAAAUACUAAUUGCCAACAUGUGAUACACAAUGAAAAUAUCAAACACAGAACAGACAAAAUAAAUUCUCGGUGAAAGGUAUCCUGUCAGAUUGUAAUGGAAAUUUCUACAUGCCUUUCACUAUUGAUUUAAGCACUAGAAGUAGAUAGACCUAUUGUAGUAUCAAUAUUUACAAUCACGUUCGUACAAUAUAAAAAUAGGAUAAAAAUUAUGACGUUUUCAUCAGUGAAAUAUUGGAUAUUCUCAAAACGGCGUUCUGCCUUGUUCUCAAGUUUGACGUCAUUUGAACCUGACAUCAAAUAUAAAUCUUAUCAAAUAAAUAAUUGAUGAAGCAGUAUUUGCAUUACAUUAUUUUAAGAGAAAAUUAGAAAAUUUAAUGGUU